CUUCAAACAGGUCUGUCAGCAGAUUUCUAGAGGACACUUGCUGCAGAUCUUGAAGAGAGGAACUUGUAUUCACAUUACAACUAUCAGAGCCGAAGGUAUAGACAACCUUCUUACACGAUUGUGGUCACUUGUACAAACAUCCCAAUGGCGUUCCGGCUGAAUGUAAUGAUAGGGCUGCUCCUACUUGGGUUCCUGUCUUCGAAACAAGUUGGAGCGCAAGCUCCAGCCAGCACUCCGCCAGCACCACCUCUGGCUUCACCAGCAAGUCCACCAUUGGCGUCUCCACCAGCACCACCUCUAGCUUCACCACCAAGUCCCCCAUUAGCUUCUCCACCAGCACCAUCCUUAGCCUCGCCACCGAGUCCCCCAUUGGCUUCACCACCAAGUCCUCCGUUGGCUCCAUCUUCAACUCCCCCACCUGCUGCUGCUCCACCAGCACCUGGUCUAGCCACACCACCAGCUUCUCCUCCAGCAUCUCCUCUAGCUCCACCACCUGCUUCUUCCCCAGCACCUCUCCUAGCUCCUCCACCCGCUUCUCCCCCAGCUCUCCUAGCUCCACCGCCCGCUUCUCCACCAGCUCCUGCUCCUCUGGCUCCCCCUCCUGCUUCUCCACCUCCAUCUUCUCCCCCACCUCCUCUUGCUAGCCCACCAGCCCCUCCUCUAGCUCCUUCUCCAGCUCCCAGUCCUAGCCCAGUCCCCUCUCCUGUCCCGGAACCUGCCCCGGUUCCCGAAAUUGUGUCAACAUAUGCAAUGCUAAGCGCUUCAUCCACAUUGGGUCCCUACAAAAGGUUAGGCUUCGCGUUGGCUUCAGUUGCCAUUGCACUGUUGGCUUGAUGACGGACUCACGCACGACAUCGACAUCAUCGAGACUUUACACAGGGCUGUCCAGAUUAUGAAUCUCGUGGUUCGAUAUAUCCGUGUAUCCAGAUGCUCAUGUUCACACUGGAUUUCGGUUCAUCUUUCUCCUUUAAAUGGCUAGUGUUCAGUAGGAUUGAUUACAGAGUUCUUGAACAAUUUUGAGAGUUCAGAUUUUAGGACUUCUAGAGUUACAAUAGUUGAUGGAGUUCUAGCAGAGGAUCGUCAGUUUGGCUAUUUUACGUGACCGAAAGUGAUUACUCUGAUCGGAACCUUGUAGGUACUCGGAUCAUGCUGGGAUCAACUUUAGUAAAAUUCCGAAGCUAGUUUUAGAUUAGAUUGUGAUGAUUUUUUCGAAUAAACUC